AUGAGUUCUUAUUUUGUAAAUCCUCUUUUUUCUAAAUACAAAAGCGGCGAUUCCUUGCGGCCGAACUACUACGAGUGCGCUGGAUUUACCCAGGACCUUGGAGGUAGACCCACUGUAGUUUAUGGAGCCGGAACAGGAGCCACUUUCCAGCAUCCAAGUCAGUUGCCGGAGUUUUACCAUCACGGAACAUCAUCGCUCUCCCACGCGACUUACCAGCAGAACCCGUGCGCCGUGCCAUAUCACGCGGAUCCUACGGGAAACCUUUAUGGACAGGAUGCGCUACAGAGUUUUUUCGGAACCCCAAACCAGGACCUGAAUCCAUUCGGUGACUGCAGUUUGAAAGCCAGCGGGAUCGGUGAGGAUUCUGACAGCGCAGACCAAUGCUCAUCGCAACUCUUCCCGUGGAUGCGACCACAAGCCGCCGGCCGCAGGAGAGGCAGGCAGACGUACAGUCGUUACCAGACGCUCGAACUGGAGAAGGAGUUUCUGUUUAACCCCUAUUUGACCCGCAAGCGGCGCAUCGAGGUGUCGCACGCGCUGGCUCUCACCGAACGGCAGGUGAAAAUCUGGUUUCAGAACAGACGCAUGAAGUGGAAGAAGGAGAACAACAAAGACAAAUUCCCCAGCAGCAAAGCUGAACAGGAAGAAAUAGAGAGACAGAGGAGAGAAAACGCCCAGGAGUCAGAGAAAAAGACAUCAGAGGACGAGGACUUCAAGAAACUUUAAUCGACAUGUGUGUGGGGACAGAGGA